CCCCCUUCCCCUUCAGCCCCCCCACAGAGUCCUGUUUGAAAAUGAGCUCAAAACAGUCGGAGAGCUUCUGUCCGCCUGGUGCCAGAAGUUGAGCAUCACCGCCACCAUGCCGCGAGGAUUCUUAGUGAAGAGGAACCGUAGAGGCUUGGCGUCAUAUCGACUGAGAAAUAACCACCAACCUGAGACGUGCAAGAAGGACGGACACCACCGCGAGGAGGUUGAAGUGACCACGCCGCAGAACGUCUGGGGGACGGAUGUCCUACUCCCGGUGUCCUGCGAGGCUUCCACGGAGGUGUGGAACCUCAACGUGGAGUCCGCUCUGGAGGCGGAGGCGGACCGGCGGCGCGCGCAAUUGCCGUACAACGACAUGGACGUUCUCACGCCCGAGUGUGACUUCUCGUGCUUCUUUCCGCCUCCACCGCUACACGGCUCGCCUUUAACGGAAGCCUGUAGCCAGGUCAAGCCGGUCGGCGCGACACUACCGGACACACAGGGGAGCGAAAUACCGUUUCCUGUUUCCAUGGAGAGGCUUUUUGCUAGUAAAGACUCCGCCAUGGCUACCGGAGAGAGACUGAACAGACACAACAGAACUUCGGCGGGAAACUCGUGUAAGAAACCAAAAACGAACCGGAAGCUUAACUUCGAGGACGAGGUCACGACUUCGCCCGUUUUAGGGCUGCGCAUCAAGAAAGAAAGCCCGGGAGAGAGGAAGCAGCACCGGCACAAGUCCGCCGCUCCGCUCGGAGAGUUCAUCUGCCAGCUGUGUAAGGAGGAGUACACCGACCCGCUCUCCCUCGCGCAGCACCGGUGCUCGCGCAUCGUCCGCGUCGAGUACCGCUGUCCCGAGUGCGACAAAGUCUUCAGUUGUCCGGCCAACUUGGCCUCGCACCGCCGCUGGCAUAAACCGCGUCCGGUGAACCACCCGGCGGGAGAGAGGAGCGCUAAGGAGUUCAAGGUGGACGGGAAAGAGAACGAGCUGCUGUGCGUGGUGGACGGAAACAGCCUGGCGCCGCCGGACUCGUCGCCUCCUUUCAACCCGGGGGAGAGCCCGCCGCCGGGGCUCCUUAUGCUGAACGUCAGCCCGUACGGGCCGUCCCUACCGCCCGCGCCUCCUCCGCCGUUCGUCCAGGCGCUGGCGGAAGAAGAGGCGUACGACUGUCGCUACUGCGGCAAGAAGUUCCGACGGCAAGCUUACCUGAAGAAGCACGUGGCGGCCGCGCACGAGAUGGCCGCUCGAGCUCCCUCGCCGUACCAGGUGUGCGCGUGUCACCUGUGCGGCGCGCGCUUCCCGUCGGCCGACAUCCGGGACAAGCACCGCGUAUGGCACGCCAUGACCGGCGAGCUGCUGGGAGGGGGACUCCAGGCGGAUGUGUAUGGCGGAAGCCGGGAGCAGCAGAUUCUCACCUGCAAAUAUUGCCCGUCCACGUUCCCGAGUUCGCCGGGGCUCACGAGGCACGUCAGCAAGGCUCAUCCCGGGGAGAACCUGCACGUCAUGAUGCACAUGGCGGUGAGGAACUGACAUGCCGCUGCUUACUGUACGUGCCAUAUAAUAUGUUUCUAAUGUUUUGUCCCUCCCCACCAAAACAACUCUCACUGCACUACAAACUACAAUCACCUGUAUUUUAUUUCCUGUUUUGCAGUACGUAUUGUCACUUUUACUAGUAUUUUAAAAUUACUUUUUACUACUCUCUCAAAAAGAAACAGGCAUGGUGUACUGUCCAAGGUGCUGAAAAUGCCUCCCAGCAGAGGAAAAGGGAAAAAUACCGUAACUAAAAAAUAAAAUUAAAAAAAAGGUACAUUAUUACCUGCUAUACUUAACAUUAUUUUGUUGCAUUGGAUAUUUCCUCCAACAACAUACAUUUUAUAUGAAUUAUUAUCUAUUCAUAAGUACUGUGUAUUGUUCUUAAUAAAAGGCACCUUGUUGUAAAUGAUUUGACAUAUUCAGCUGUAAAAUGUAGUUGGUUCUCAACCUGAAAACGGAAUCACUUAACAUUGUUUGCUAUAAAAAUAUAAAACAACAAUAAUAAUUAAUUCCUUGCCGUUAUGCCUUUUAAAUAAAUGUGCCAAUUGACUUCAAGGGUAUUUUCAUACAAUAAGGGAACAUUUCAUGUUAACAUCACAAUUAAGAGUAUUUAAAAAGUAGAAAUAAUGCAUUUUUUUGACGCUCAUGUAUUGGUGAUUCAAAAAAAGACUUGUAUAUUUUGCUAUGUUCCUAAAGUUCAAUGUGAUAUUUAAUCAUUGUCAAUAAAUGUUAAGA